AUGUCUGCCUGGAAGUCUGCCGGUAUCACUUACCUCCAAUACGCCAACAUUUGCGCUCGUGCUGUCCGCAAUUCUUUGAAGGAUGAGUUUCGUGCUGCUGCUGCUCGUCGUAGUCAAAAUGGUCUUAAGUAUGCUAAGUGGGAAAAUGGUGUUCAAAAGGAACAAGUAAUGUAG